AUGAAUCAUUUGAUAAUUAGAGCAUUCACCGACGUGUUCAUGAUUACAAUGUUCAGUGUCAAAGUACUAAUUUCAUCAUUUGUAGUUGGUGUUGUAGUACUACUUACUUCAGUUUCUGUAGUCGGUGUACUUGUAGUUGUUUCAUCUGGCGUUACAGUACUAAUUGAAUCAUCUUUCGUUGAUUUAAUUGAUGUUGUUGAAUCAAUUAUAACUUCUAGUGUACGAGCUUGGGGUAUUUCUAUGGUACUAAUAAUAAUUUCACCAACUGAAUUGGUCUUCAAAGCCGAAACAAUGGGCUCGCCGACAGGAGUCACUGUAUCUUCAGGAAUAAUGGUGUCAGUAUCAGUUAUGAUGGUGGCUUUUAAUGUUUUAGGUGAUCCUGUUAUAAUUUCUCUUGAAACGUUUCUAGACGUGCCAGCAGAUUCUAAUGGAUUGCCGAGAGCUUAA